CUCCAACAAAAUCUCGAUAUCGUCCCUAUGCUCCCGGAGGCAUGUAAUCUCGCGGCUUGUCUUAACCUUACUGCUCAGCUUACUUGUAUUGCAAAUGCUAUUGUUAAUGGUGAUCCGGCUGCUCUGCAGGCCUGUUUGACGACUACUUUAACACAGAUCUGCUCGUGUGCUGCUUGUAUCCCGUUGCUAAACAAUGUUCUGACGGCCCUUGGCGUUUGUCCAGUGGAAGCUCCAGCUACUGGGGGCGAUCAAGACCUUGAUCAUGCCGGUCAUGUUUAG